AUGCAUAGCGCACUUACUAUCUGCAGACUUCGGUACCUUGCUAUUUGUUCUUUUCAGCUAUCUGAUACUUUCCUGUUUAUUCUGUCGAACAGCGGUCUAAACGAGUCUGAUGUGGAUUCAGACAAUGCUAGUGAAAACGGAGAUGAGAGUGAGAUCUGCACAGACAAAAUGGACCCGGCUGACAGGGAACUGUACGAGAAACUCAAACAACAAGAACGCGAAGAGCGUGAAGAGAUAGAGCGUGAACUGAAGGCGCACGAGGAGGCGAUUGCCCGUCAACACGAAGAAAUGCGUGCCAAGGACUUGCGCCUACACGAGCGCAUUCAGCAGCAACGCGAACAGGAUUUAGUGCGAAAACACACAAGCUCGUCAGCGAUUGGCGGUACGGGCGUUAUCAGUGGUGGUGGAAGUGGCAGUAGUAGUGGAGGAGGUAGUAGCGGAAGUAGUGGAAAUGGUGGUGGUAGUAGUGGCGGUAACAACAGCAGCGGCGGUGGAGGUGGUGGAAACGGAUCAACGACAGACUAUAUUUCCUCACCACCAGGUGCACACAGUAGAAUAGGUGGAAGCAGUAGUAGUGGUAGUGGUGCUGGUAAUGGUAGUAGUACAACAGGCAGUGGUGGACCAGGGGGAGGUGGCGGUGGUGGUGGAGGUGGUGGUGGUGGAGGAGGAGGCGGAGGAGGUGGUGGUGGUGUAGCUCCGGAUAUGAAGCCGGACCACACUCGGAUUGACAUUAUUAACCAUGCUGCUUAUUUGGAACGUUUCGCCGCCGCUGCGGCUGCCGCAGCUGCCGCCAGUGCCGGGGUGGUCAACCCAAACCGGGGACUGCCGGGUGUGGGCAGUUUACCAUCUGUUUCACCGACAUCGGUCCCCAGUCACACAGCAUCGACACCAGGUUUGGACAGCACAGGACCCUCCCAUCACUGGACGUUCCAAGAACAAUUCAAACAGAUGCCGAACGAAAUGUCCCUAUUGAAGUCAUUAUACGAGCUAAGUGAAGAUCCAAAGAGGAAAGAAUUUUUAGAUGAUCUGUUUUCUUUUAUGCAAAAACGAGGUACACCUGUCAACAGAAUACCAAUUAUGGCAAAGCAAACGUUGGAUCUAUACGAAUUAUUUCGAUUGGUUGUAUCAAAAGGAGGGCUCGUUGAAGUUAUAAACAAAAAAUUAUGGAGAGAGAUUACAAAAGGGUUAAAUUUGCCUUCGUCCAUAACAAGUGCAGCGUUCACAUUGAGAACACAAUACAUGAAAUACCUCUACCCAUACGAGUGCGAGAAAUUAAAACUCAGCUCCCCACAGGAAUUGCAGGCAGCCAUUGAUGGUAACCGAAGGGAGGGUCGAAGACCGAGCUACGGUUACGAUUUAUCUCCUGGACCAACCCUUAUCCCUAACCCACAUCAUCAUUUAAACGGAAACAUCUUAAACGGAAAACUAGGAGCAACAUCACCAGGCGCAGCUAGCAUUUCUUCUAUGAAAUCAGAAUGGUUGGCAGCAUAUUCUUCAAUAUUUCCAACAGAAGCCAGAAAGAAAACUGGGCUAGAGAGUUCACAAAAUGGGGUGACACCGGCUGAUUACGUCUGGUGGGGUAGCAGAAGAAUUUGCUUCAAGCCGGAUUCCGAUGAUGACAGUAUGCCAUCAACACCGCUGCAGUCACGUAGUCUAUCAGAAAGAGAUGCGCUGGCAAUGGAAGCUGCAUCUAGAGCGAUGGAAGAAGCGACCCGAAAAAUGGAAGCUGCUUCACGAGCUGCUGUCGAAGAAAGCCCUCCAAGGAAACGUCUUGCAAUGUCAGAAGAGGAACGACUACUGGUUCACGCCGGAAUGCCGAGUGCUCACAUUAAAAUUACAAAUGACGGUCGGUCGGAGAUUGACAAUUCACUAGUGGUCAGUAUGGAGAUCAACGGUAUCAUGUACCAGGGCGUCUUGUUUGCUCAACAGCCACGACGGAUUUAGCCCAAGACUACGUCUGUAAUAUCACCCUCCGCGGCUCAGGAUCAAUCAAUAAAAACAGUUAUAAAAGACACAUCACAAUUGUAAUAAGCAACAACAAAAGCAAGACAACAAUAAACAUAAAGAACAGUAACAACAAAAACAAAAACUAAAACUAUAAAAGUAAAGAACUGAAAAUAAUACAAAAAACACAACAAAGGAAAGCAAAAGAACUGCCCAGUUGUUUUUCACACAUUUGCACUUCGUCAGACUCGACUCAUUCAGAGACUUGGUGCUGCAAUUUGAGCUACAGAGACUGCUAUGUUGUUGCUACUGUUAUCUCAUACACACAUUACCAUGUGCACACAGAUGCAUAUUUACAUAAACAGACACUGACACAUACACAUAUCAAAAAUAUAUAAAGCAACGGCGCAUAUGUCGAAAUUUGCGAACGAUAAUAAAGGAUGUGACAAUGAAUCGUAAAAAAAUACAAAACAAAAAGACAAC